ACAAAAAAGAGAACAAAAAAAUUAAUGUGUAAUACAAAAACAAAAUUUGUUUUUAUCUAGUUGUUUUAACAACUACGUAAUUUGUCAUCAUAAUAAGUACAUACAACAGGCAUUUCGGCUAAAAAGACAUAAACAAGGUCAUGGAAAACAGUAAAGGAUAUCGGGCACCGGUGUAAAAUAAUAUACAGAAAAUAUAUUGCAAAUAUUCUUCACUACUGUGUUAAAAUUAAGAAAAAAUGUGUUGUUAAAAAAAAAAACAAAUUAAAUUCUAUAAUACUUAAAAAAGUGCUAAUUAAAAAACUGCUAUUGAAAAAAAAUCAAAAAUUGGCAAAAACUAUUGUAAAAAAAUAAAAAAAAAAGAAAAUAUCUUAAUAAUUUAUUCAACUUUAAAUAUUUACAAAAUAAAUUUUUACUUAUUGGUGUUGCUAACGCCUAUGAUGGCCACAAGUUGUUUAAGGAAUCAACAAAACCAAAAAAUUAAUUUAACUUAUUUGACGCAAUACUUGAACACAAAAAUUUUGCUAUUAUCAUCAGUAUUUCAACAAUACGCACCACCUUUCAUCAUACGAUAUACCGACCGUGAACUAGACGGCAAAUUAGAGAUUUGCUAAAAAGGCGUUUACUAAUAAUAGGGUGUUGGUAAACAAGAGUUUAAUAAAAACAAAAAAAUAGUGUGGGAAUAAAUUCAUUAAAGCAAUAAUGUCGUCGGGUGCCGGUGAGGGUGGCGAAGGUGUAUCUGAUGAUUCUUUAGAAUCUUCCUUAUCUGCCUUCCAAACAAUGCCCAAUGAUUUUCGUUCAGCUUUGGAUGAUUUUCGCAACAAUUGGCAAAGAGAAUUACAACAGAAACAACAACCUAAGCCUAACACUAAUGAAGAAACCGCUGAACAGCAGCCACCUCUAACGGCCGAUGAGCUGCAAGAAACUGCAGAUGUUAUAGCGCCGCUUGUUAAUGAUGAACAGGCCGAGCAGCAGGCAUUAGCUAAAAAUCUCUUCCACAAGGCCGUAGAACUGGAACAAAGUGGCAAAGUAUAUGAUGCUAUACCCUUCUACCGUAAGGCCGUACAAAUUGAACCCAAUAUAGAGUUUAAGUACUAUGAACAUCAAAAACUUAAAAGUAACGUACAAAACCCAAUUAAAGUGGUUUUAAAUACCACCUCGCCUCCAGAGUCUAAUGAAGGUUUAUUGGAAGAGGAUUUACCAGAUGAUUUAUAUGAGAAAUUUCAAUUAGAUUUAUCACACAAUCAGCAUGGUCAACUAAUACAGAGUAGUCGUGAUUCUGGUAUCAUUACGACAGAAAUGCAUAUUUCAGAAUUGCCACCGGAAUUGUUAAUAUAUAUAUUACGUUGGGUUGUUUCCAAUCAGCUGGAUAUGCGUUCGUUGGAACAGUGUGCCGCGGUAUGUAAGGGCAUGUACAUACUGGCCAGGGAUGAAGAGUUGUGGAAGUCGGCAUGUGUUAAAGUUUGGGGCCACAAUGUAGGCACUCUUACCCAUACUUCUGGAGAAGAUGAAAAAUCUUCUAUAGGCGAUGGCCUUUGUCCCGUCAUACCACGCUACUCAACAUGGCGUCAAAUGUUUAUUGAACGUGAACGUGUUCUUUUCAAUGGCUGCUACAUUAGUAAAACUACUUACUUGCGUAUGGGUGAAAAUAGUUUCCAAGAUCAAUAUUAUCGUCCUGUACAGUUAGUUGAAUACUAUCGCUAUAUACGUUUUCUACCCGACGGCACCGUCCUAAUGAUGACCAGCUCCGAUGAACCCUCCCAGGGUGUGACUAAACUUAAAAAUCUACAUCAAUUGCGGCCGGAUAUUUUAAAGGGCCAAUAUCGUUUGUUUGGCUCAACUUUAAGUAUUGUGGUUAGCAAGCAACAAGGCAAAUUUAUAACAAAUCCUACCACUACUGCUGGUGGGUAUACAAGACACAAUAGGCGUGGCAGUAUGGCAUAUGACGAGGGGACUUUUAAUAGUACAAAAUAUUGUAUAGAAUUUCGUAUAUUGAAUAAAUCAAAGAGAAAGUUUGCACAGUUGAUGUGGUUACAUUAUUCGGUGAUACAGAUUCGUAAUAAACACGAAACAACUUCCGAAUUUGAGUUAACCCCUUCCAAGUAUCCACCGUUAUGGUUUUCACCCGUACGCAGUUAUCAUUUAGAUGCCGAUGCUCCAUUAGCUUAAGCUAUGAAAGGUGAUUUUAUUCUACUUGCCGACUAGUUAUAUGCACGGAAGAAUGAUUAAAGUGAAUUAGUGCUUUUUUGUUAUAAAUAGAGUUAAUAGCGAUUCACGAAGUGUUCUUUUAAUGCUUCAUUUUACGCUUUUCCCCCUUUAAUUUAUUUUAAAUGUGUGUGUAUAUAUACAUAUAUAUUAAUAUUCUGAAUAAAAAUAUAUUGAAAUCUAAUAAAGUUUUGUAUAAAGUUAUGGGCAUAUCCCCCCCACGCUAUAUUAAGUAUCUCGGGGCAAAAUUUUUCAUUUCAUAUUCUGCGUCUAUUGGGCUUUUCCAAUACCUCAGUCUGGCCGGGACUAUAAAUUAGUGUUUACUGUCUACUGCCUGGCUUAGUCCUUGUAUAGAUUGGAAAGAGGUCGAAUCAGAGCACCACAUAAUCGAGUACUACUGGUGGCCAGUUGCCCUCAGGACUAUGUCUACGUGGCUGGUCAGUUGGUUGAGGUUCUUUCGGGAUGCACGUAAUGGCUGUGGUUAAAAUCCAAAUUCGCAGGAAGAGUGAGUUUCUGUUAAAAGACUGAUGUAAGGUAAAGUCAAUAUUUCGGUAUAAGUUCGGUGAUGUUGCCGAUACAACAGUUACGCCACAGAGGAGUGAUUGUGGGAUUAAGCGUUGAAAAUAAGUUGGUAUUAAGUGUAUAUGGUACGGGAUGUGUCGUAUGUUUUCCUCUUAUGAAUGCUGGGUUGUCUGAUGAUGGAUGAAAGUUAUCAUAUACAAAUGAUACCAUUGAAUUUUCCUUCCUUGUCCAGAUAUGCUUAGAGUGUACUCUGUUCAUAUCAUAAUUACCACAGUGUGUCCUUGUGAGUAAGAACAAAGUCUGGGGUUAUUUGAUGGAUUCGUAUUUAGGUCUACUGGUUACGUUACUAGGUGCUGUUGCCAAAUCAACAGAGGCCAUCCCAUCUGCGUGAUUGCAAAGGGAAGUGAUAUUUUACAUCUCGGAAUUUAAACAACGGAGCAGCAAUUGUCAUAGAUUAGAUAGCUCAAGUACUUGAGUAAGGUGCUUGUACAUGGACCGGCUCAAUCGAUGUACAAAAAUUGCCACCUGAGUUCUUUAUUGAAGGAUUCUGGGGCGAUGUUAGACCAUUGUCAAGUCUACCAAGUGGAUGAAAAAGACCACCAGGUUUCAAGGCAGGGGUUCACUUUAAGCACUUCGACAUUCGUGUCUAGACUGGACUGUUGUCUAGCUGUCUGAACUAUUGUCUAGGCAAUAGGCAGGACUAUCACAGCAAAUUCCCGAAGUAAAACUCUUUUUUUCUGUUCGUUUCUUUUUCACAAUCUAGAAUGUUUUAUGUACUUCAUUCACAUUAUUGUUAUUAUUCGAAAUUAUUUAUUUUUAAAACUACAUUAAAGCAUAAAGUUUUUAUAUGUUUGUUUAA